AGCUCCACUCUCCAGCAGAACCAGAACCAGAACCAGAACCAGAACCAGAAGCUUCCACGUGUCCAAUCGAAAGUGAUCUCUCUCUGACUCUCUCUCUCUCUCCCCCCUAGGGUUUAUGUUCCACUGGAGCUGGAAUCCUCUGUUCAUUUUGUGAAUAACAAAAGAUGUCUUCACUGGGAACCUCAAAGGGUAUUUUGGAGAUCGUGAAGUUCGGAGUGUACGUCACAGUUCCGAUCGGUCUCAUGUAUUUCUUCGCCAACAACACCAAGAAUAUCCAGAAAUUCAUGGGCAAUCGCUCUUAUGUUGUCUAUCCCCCGGAGGGACCAAGACCCCCCUCACCAGAGGAACUAAGGGAGAUGGCUCGAGAAAUUGCUCGCAAGAGAGGCAUCCGUUGAUGGCUCCCUCGGAGUGCAUGCAAGCAUUUGUACUCAUCCCGUUGUAUCUAUUAACACUUGAAAAAUCAGUAUCUAUGUAUCAUGAUGACUUCAAUCCAAUGAAUAACGUGGCUGGUAUUGGUAUGUUAUGCCUUGCAGGAUCUCUAACUUGAUUGUUUGAGAGAUCGAAAUAAUUAUGAUUGCAAAUUUCCAUUUCCUAACUGCAUUGUGCGGAAAUUUGGCAGUAAGAGAUGCUGGGCUUUAUUUAUGGGUUGUACACAAAAUUUAACUUUGUGACAUUUUUCACCACUUCCAUACUAAAUAAACGUAGAAAUAUUUAUUUAUUUAUA